CCCUACUGCAAGUGGUAGCAAGUAGCCUCUGUUGAGCUUGACAAGUAAUACUUGCCAAACAGAGCAGAGCAAUCUCCGAUUCCUUAGGAGACGAAUCUCUCUCUCUCUCUCUCUCUCUCUCUCUCCCCUCUCUCCUCUCUCUGUCUUUCUCGCCAUGUUUGGUUGAUCAGAGAAAGAACAACAAACAAACGAACAGACAAUCAAACUCCUCCACGAGAGGAAGAAAGAGUCGCCAUUUAUGAAUGAUGUGCGAGUUCAACAAUGACGAAGGAGAAGAAACCACCCCGACACAGCUCCCGUCUGCUCCCUCGACACAGAGACCGCAGUGGGAGAAGCAGCAAACGGGACGCCGGGAAGAGCCUUAGCCUGCUGCUCUCCUCGUCCCAUUUGAGCUUCUCGGUCUGGUGCGGCCUCGCCUUCCUCAUUCACUCCUCCGGCCCGGUCCUCGGCCUCUCCGAUGAAGAAGGCAGUGAUACUGACCAGAUUAAUAGAACUUUUCCCGGUGUUUGCAACGAUACAAAGCAAGAAUUUACACACGAUGCUGGAACUAAAGGGUGUAACGUUACCUAUGGGAUUCUAACAGAUGUCAAUGCAUCUAAUGGUACCAAUAGUUCGACUUCUCAUCAAGAGCCUGAAAAUUCUAGGCUCUGUCGUCCCUCUACAUAUGGUCUAGACGAUAUUCUUCGCAGUCUCGUGGGAUAUCCUCCAUUGAUCUGCCAAUCACAUCUAAAACCACCUAAGAAACAAGAACAGCAUCAACAACCAGGGAAGCUUCUAAACCCAGGAUUUUAUCAUCAUCAUCAUCAUCAUCACACGUACCUAAAUUUUGAAGAGUUCCGGAGCACAAGGAGCCGAGAAAAGGGACUGGGUAUACCCACUUGGUUCGUAAACAUAACUCAUCGACUUGAGCCCGAUGGUACUGAGUACAACUAUGCCUCGGCACUCAAAGGUGCAAAGGUGGUGGCCCACAACAAAGAAUCAAAAGGAGCUAGCAACAUCCUGGGGAAAGACCACGACAAGUAUCUUAGGAACCCCUGUUCUGUUGGAGUAAAGUUUGUCGUGAUUGAGCUCACAGAAGAAACUCUUGUCGAUGCUGUCAGGAUUGCGAAUUUUGAGCACUAUUCCUCAAACUUCAAGGAUUUUGAGCUGUCCGGAAGUUUGAGUUAUCCCACCGAGACAUGGACCCCUCUAGGGAAAUUUGUCGCUGAUAAUGUGAAGCACAUUCAGAGUUUUAAGCUGCCUGAACCCAAAUGGUUGAGGUACUUGAAGCUGAGUCUGCUGAGUCAUUACGGGUCGGAGUUCUACUGCACUCUGAGCGUGUUAGAGGUUUAUGGGAUAGAUGCUAUCGAGAGGAUGCUUGAAGAUCUCAUUGUGGUGUCUCCUCCAGAGCCUAAUUCGACGUUGCUACCCUCUCAGAGUCCCGAAGCAGGCUCUGCUGAGAAAGUUAGUGAAAGUAAGACAUAUGCGAAUGAUACUUCUUCGGAAAAGGUGGAAAGUGUAGAUAACAAGAAAACGGUUAAUGGAAAGAUUCCUGACCCUGUGAUGGGAGUGAGGCAGCAAUCAAACGCUAGAAUUCCUGCGGACACCGUACUUAAGAUCUUGAUGCAAAAGGUAAGGUCGCUAGAGUUGAACUUGUCAGUUCUGGAGGAAUAUAUUAAGGAGCUGAACGAACGGGAAGGUGAGGUAUUACCCGAGCUUGACAGAGAGAUUUCUAGGAUGUCGGUACUCUUGGAGAAGGAAGAGACGGAGAUCAGAGAUAUCAUGAAGUGGAAGGAAAUCACGGAGAAAGGGAUCGCUGAUUUUGUGUCAUGGAAGUCCUUUGUUUUGUCUCAGGUGGAGGCAUUGGAUCGGGAAAACAGCAUGUUGAGGUCGGAGAUUGAAAAGGUGGCAAGAUACCAAACGAGUUUGGAAAGUAAAGAACUUGCAGUUCUUGCGGUGAGUCUCUUCUUCUUCUGCUGUGCGCUCUUCAAGCUGGUCUCAUCAUGUGCUUCGGUAUUCUCGGGAGCUUCUCCAUCUGUACUGCAGAGCUAUGGAGGAUGGAUUCUGAUAUUACUUAGCAGCAGCAUCACUCUGUGCAUUACCUUGCUCUACAGUUAGCUAGUCCACCUCUCUCUGUGCAUAGUUAGGAAUAAUGGAAAUAUUAUUCCCCCCCCCCCAUUCGCUUAUCAUUCCACAGGCCUAUAACAACUAUGCCUUUUAGAUGAAAUCUUCUCUUUUGGGUCAGAUCUAACUCAAGUUGUUUGGCCGAUACAUUUCAUUCUAGAAAGGAGCCACUGUAAGUUAUCCUACGAUCAUUCGAUUUCGAUGUAGAUAGAUUUCAACCAAGACAGAUCAACAUGUUUCCCACUGUACAUAGAACGUGCAAAUGAAAAUGAUGGAGAGUAUUGAU